AUGCCGGCUGUCAGAAAGUUUAAGAACUACCAAGAAAUACAAGCAUUUCUUGAAGAGUUAGAAAAAACAACAACAGCAAGAUUCAUCACACAGAGAAUCAGCAAUAAACGACACUUUGAACUAGAAGGAGAUGAUGUUACAUCUUUAAAGGGUCACAAAAUUCUUUGGCAAGAUUGUCAAGAAACAGCUAGUCCUUCUGUUGAAUUUGAUGGCACUCCUUAUGUGAACAUAGGAUGGAUGGUAAAAGAAUGUCACCAUGGACCAGAUAGACAGAGGAGAGCAAAGGAAAAGAAGAAACAAAGACAUAGGCCUGGAGACCAUGAUUACUCUAAUAAAGGAAGAGCACGUAAGAAAAUCCAAAUGUCUAAAAAGCAAGCUUGUCCAGCAACAAUAAGAAUUAGAGCCAUCAUGAAAUUCCCUGAUUUCAAGGUAGAUUCAUACAACAAUAAGUUGAUGAAAAGGAAGAUAUCUAGAAAUCUCAAACAAGCUUUCGCAAACAGAGACACAAUUCAAAAAUCACUUGUUUAUUUGGUGUCAUAUCCAAGUGUCAAUGACCACAAAAACCAUCUUACUGGAGAGUUUGCAGGAUUCACUCAACGUAUUGAUCAGAGAUUAGUAACCCGCAUAAAAGAACUUGUUGCCGAUGGGGUGAGAAAUGUUUCUGAAAUGAAGAGGCACUUACUAAUCUCUGUGAAAAAUGACUUAUGUCCAGAUCAGGAUAUCCCAAGAACAAACAGAAGAUUUUUUCCACUGGACAAGGACAUUAAAAACCACAUGGAUAUUGCCAUUAACAGCUUGAAGUUUUCCAAAGAUGACCAGCAGAACCUUGAGUCUUUGGUGGAAAAAUGGCAGGAAAGUUAUCCUGAGGACAACUUCUUUCUUAGGACGUCGUAUGAUACCACUACCAAUGGUAACAUUCCAUCAGAGGACUUCCUGUUUGACCUCAAAGUAUGCCCUCCCUCUCUUUUUCAUUUGUGUGCAAACUAA